AUGGAGGGUUUGCCAGCCUGGCAGUUCCAAAAGCCUAACGAUGGGAAAGCCAAGUUCCAGAUCACGAACCAUGGCGGCCUGUUUAUCUCAGCGGAUCAAAAGAAGCUUUGGUACCAGGGUGGCCAUUUCUAUAAUGCUGCUGGCUGGAAUGAGAGCUUGUAUCAUGUCGAUAAACCCGAUAUCCCGGAAUGGCAACUGUGGGAGCUAGACCUUACAAAUCACCUUCAGAAACCGAAUGGAUGGCUCGAUGUCACGAAUGGCGUCGCUGGACAUGAAAAUGUAAAUCGUACCUUCGCUGGCGCUAGUGUGUCAGUGCCAGGCAUAGGUAAGAGCUUCUGGAUUGGCGGGGCAUCAACACCACGUACAUCCAGAACAACCCCAAUCGACAGAUUUGAGACCACCUCACAGAUGCUUAUCUUCGACGAAACCAGAAGAGAGAUUUCAUCCUCGAAUUACUCGGGUUCGUGGUCAGACAGUGGAGACUAUGGCUACUAUCACGGCAAGCUUCUUCACCUUCCCAUCGGCUCUGGUGCUGGCUAUCUACUAUCUCUGAUGUCUCUUGCUGCACCUGCCUACGAAUCAUGGGUGGAUCCCGAUGGUGACGGUGGCAGUCGCGAGGAUAUUGUGCCCCCUGUGACAAACGUAUCAUGGAAAACGAUUCCUCUCUACGACCUGCAACAAGAAAGAUGGAUUACUCAAGAAACGUCGUAUUUUGAAGAAGAGCUGCCGGAGCCACGGACUCGUUUCUGUGCAGCCCUAUUCCACAACGAACUAAACUGCACGUGGGAUCUUUGGGUGCAUGGCGGGCAGCGUCCAACUGAAGAUGAGACCGCCACUACAGCCAUCUACGUAUUGUCUAUGCCGAGCUUUACUUGGAAACGGGUGGUGCCGCUUUUCCCCGAGUUGAACGAGCUUCGGAGCCAUACCUGUCAUGCGGUGGGAGACCAGUUGCUCAUCGUAGGGGGUUACCCAACUGGACAGACCGUGCUACGGGAGACAUCCAUUGAUGAUCAGUAUAUCAAAGUACUGAGAAUCGGGGAUAGCUUGACCUGGACCGAUACCUACCAGCCAGAAACGACGUAUCAAACGCCUGAUGACGUUCAGCGAGCAGCAACAGGUCAGGAACCGUUUUAUCCUUGGGCGGACGACAGACUGAGGGAAGCAUUUGAAUGCAAACAACCACCGGAUCCGCAUCCGCCCCCAUUGCCGGUGGCAGCCAUCGCUGGAGGUGUUGUCGGUGGCGUAUUCGGUGUAUUUGUUGUAUUCGUAGCCCUGUGGGUCUUGAGAAGGCACCGGCGAGCCAAGAAGGCCCAUGGUGCAGCCAAACUGGAGGGGAAUGAUCCCCGAUCGCCGCUGUAUGGUCAGCCUGAAGCGAUCAAGGAUGGGAACUUACAGCCCGCGGCCACAGUGGUGCAAACAAGAGCAUCACCUGCUCGGGAUACGCCUGACGAUGGUAGCGGACAGAGAGAGCAUGAAUUAGAAGGAUCGACACCUGACGAGCAUGUGGCCAUGAGACAACGGAGUAUCUAA